AUGAUUAACGGAUUCAAAAUAGAUUUUGGCAAGUUCAAAGUAGACUUGAAAGUUCUAGGCGACCUAGUGAUCUUGGCCAGCGCAGGGCUCUCUGUGUACUACAUUGUCAACACGAUUCUCAACGACUACUUGGACAGCACCGUCAAGAACAAGGAGAGUGAAAAGAAAGGCAGUGGUGUGCUAAAGAAGAUCCAAGCGAGCAACCCGCACUUGAAGGAAGUGUCGUUCAACCAGUACGAGAAAGCAUUGUUGAACUCGUUGGUGACUCCAGAAGAAAUAUCCGUCACGUUUGAGGACAUUGGUGGAUUGCAUGACAUCAUAGACGAACUCAGAGAGGCGGUGAUCUUGCCGUUGACAGAACCAGAAUUGUUUGCAGCACACCUGAGUCUUAUCCAGUCACCAAAGGGGGUAUUGUUUUAUGGACCACCGGGGUGUGGUAAAACCAUGUUGGCCAAAGCCAUUGCCAAGGAGAGCGGAGCAUUCUUUUUGCUGAUCAGAAUGUCGAGCAUCAUGGAUAAGUGGUAUGGUGAGUCGAACAAGAUCACCGAUGCGAUCUUCUCGUUGGCCAACAAGUUGCAGCCAUGCAUUAUUUUUAUUGAUGAGAUUGACUCGUUCUUGCGAGACCGUUCGUCGACAGAUCAUGAGGUGAGUGCAAUGUUGAAAGCCGAGUUUAUGACCUUGUGGGAUGGGUUAAAGUCGAAUGGACAGAUCAUGGUGUUGGGCGCCACUAAUAGAAAGAAUGAUAUCGACGAGGCGUUUUUGAGAAGAAUGCCAAAGACAUUUGCCAUUGGCAAGCCUGAUGCGUCACAGAGAACAUCGAUCUUGAACAAGAUAUUGAAGGAUGCCAAAUUGGACGAGCAGGACUUUGAUUUAGAAACGAUUGUUGCCAACACACGAGGAUACAGUGGGUCUGACCUUAGGGAGAUGUGUCGUGAGGCAGCCAUCAUACCGGUGAGAGAGUACAUCAAGGAGAACUACAACUACAAGAGCGGGAAAUUGAGCCGAGACGACAACGACAACUUGCCUGUGAGACCCCUCAGGACGUCAGACUUUGUCAAAACAGCAGACUCUAUUCCAAGUGUAGCUGUCGACUAG